AUGCCUACAAUCUUAUAUAGCAGCAACUCAAAACACCUAUCCAGGUUUCAGAGAAAGGCGAAGUUAAGUUCAAGUUCUUUAGAUGUGAGGAUCAACCGAAAUGAUUCUCCAUUCCUAUCAGAUAAAAAAAUGGACUCCAAGGAAUAUUUGAUCGAUUUAUGCUCGUCAAUAUAUCCAAAAAGUGUGCACUCCGAAGUAGCUCGAUAUUCGGAAACAAAAUUGGCUAUUCAUGCCAUCGUUGCGUUAAUAUGCAAAAACUUUAUAUGCUCAUGGUAUGGAGAGAAGAUUGCAACGAAGGAUACGGAACUGGUUUCAAAUAUACAUCAGUUUUUUGAUGAUAUCAUAGACAAUGCAAGCAAAACAACUGUUGACUGGGAGCAAAUUAUACUAGACGAUCUGCCGAUGUUAAUUGAAACACAUAUAGUUAUAAUGAGAAAAGUAAUCAAUGAAAAAUUAUGUUUGGAGGAUUUUUAUCAACUACACUUAUACAAACACACUUAUCCAUAUUCGUUAACAGCUGCAAUUAUCCAGAAUUUCGAUAACGGAUCAAAGCUUCAGUCAGCUUUUAUGCAAGAUUUUGUGGGUGAUUUUUUACUCGAUAAGCUAGUAGAAAAAUUAGCGGAACCUUUCAUAGUUGUUGACCUAAUACGUUCAAUAUGCAAUAGUAUCGAGACUAGGAAGGAAGAAAAAUCAAAUACGAGCCAAACUAAUAAUUGGUUUCAAAAAAUAUAUCAUUUGUUCGCUAAUUUCCAAAUACACGGAAAUAAAGUUACCAAAAAGGAGGAAAAGUUUCUUCCGAGCCUCCCAAUUACUAAUAACUUCUUCGAUCAUUAUAUUUUCGGUGCUUUAAGUAGAUGUCUGCAGCUAGAGUCAAGAAAGCCGUUACUCUUUUUAUCACUGAAAGUGCUUCAAGUUUUUUCAAAUAAUGUAGAAUUCAUCAAUUCCAGGUUCACACAUAUAUUCCACAGUAAAACAUCGAGUAUAGUCUCGAGAAAAGGUUGGAUGAGCGCAUUAUGGCUCAAAAUGAGACACUUGCUUUUCCCGCACGACAACAAGUUAGGUCCUCCGAAAGAAGUUCCUACAGUUGAAGAGUUCGAACAAAUGAAGAAAGAUGCUUCUCUUGGAUUACAAAGAGUUGCUCGAUUGAUAAAUGCUAAUAUGAUACUCGGGAUUACGGACGUCGAGUGCGAUUCAUUUAUAGCUGCAUUGACUUAUGAUAAGAAUAUGAAUAAAUUCAUGUUACAACGAUUAAUCGAUUAUUUGGUGACUUCUCUUCCUGUUGUUUCAACUUCUUCAAACACACCUUAA